UUUUUUUUUGCUCGAAGGACGACGAAUUUUUGCAUGGUGAUUGUCAGAUUGCCGAUGGUUGCUGUUGAACAGUAAAUUUCGAUUUUCAACCUAACGCGAGCCAAAAGUGGCAAAGCCUAACCGUUGCUGCUGCUUCUCUCCGCCAACGGCGGUGAUAAAAAUAGCUUCGUACCUUGCGCCUUUGUGUCGAUAGCCGGAAAUAAUCUGUGGUGCGGGUUGCGUGUUUCGUGUCAACCUUCUUCGGCUUUGUGUUUUGGUGUUUUUUUUUUCGCUCGUUCGCAAACUUUUCUCGGAUUUUCGUCCGCGGAUAGGAAAACGGUGGCCGCAACCCUCCGUUGUGGAUUAGCUGGCUAGGAUAGGUUGAAGGAUGGCAUCGCCAUUGGAACAUUAUGUGAACCAUGUCCGGACCAUGAGCAGUGCCGGAAACUUCCGGGAACUGGUGGAAUACCUGCUGGAAUCAACCGAUCUGCUGGCCAAAAAUGGGAACAUCCUGGAUAACGUGCUGGAAACGUUGGACAUUCAACAGCACUCGCUCGGGGUUCUCUUCGUGCUGGUGAUCAAAUUUAGUGAACCGAUUCAUCACGACGAUACCGAGAAUGUGUUGCGGGUCGUGAGGGAAUUCAUCACACUUUGCAAUGGCGAACAGGUCCGAUUCGCAACGCAACCAUAUUUCGAACUCUGCCACCAGUUUGCCUCGUCGCUCGUGAAGAACAAGCAGUACACAAUCCAGGGUAUCCAGGUCCUCUCACUGGCGGUGGAAAAGAUUCGCCUCUUCGACACCCAGCUCACGCCCGUCCAUGCCGACUUGUGCCAGCUGUGCUUGGCCGCGAAAAUCUUCAGCCCGGCUCUCCGCUUCCUGGACGUGGAUGUGACCGCAAUCGCCAACACCGACGACAGCAACCACGACACCAAGUACUUCCUGCUGUACUACUACUACGGUGGCAUGGUCUACGCGGCUGUCAAGAACUACGAACGAGCGUUGUACUUCUUCGAGGUGGCCGUUUCUACGCCGGCCCUGGCCAUGUCACACAUCAUGCUGGAAUCGUACAAAAAGUACAUUCUGGUGUCGCUGAUAUUGCACGGGAAGGUGGUACCGAUUCCGAAGUAUUCCUCCCAGGUCAUCUUGCGGUUCAUGAAACCGCUCAGUCACGCUUAUCACGAUCUGUCCAGUGCGUACAACAGUUCCAACAGCGACGAGGUGCGGAAUGUGGUCAACAAGUAUCGGGACACGUUUAUCCGGGACACCAACAUGGGCCUGGUGAAGCAGGUCGUCUCGUCGCUGUACAAAAAGAACAUCCAACGUCUCACCAAGACGUUCCUUACGCUCUCAUUGGCUGACGUGGCCAGCCGGGUUCAGCUGGCUGGUCCAGCUGAGGCGGAAAAGUACAUCCUCAAUAUGAUCAAAUCAGGCGAAAUUUUUGCAUCCAUCAAUCAGAAGGAUGGUAUGGUAGUGUUCAAGGACGAUCCAGAGAAGUACGACAGCCCGGACAUGUUCCACAAGGUGCAGCAGGAGAUCAGUCGGGUUAUGGAACUGAACAAACAGAUUCUCAAGAUGGAGGAGGACAUUAUGCUCAAUCCUAUGUAUGUAAAAAAAUCAAUGGGCAACCAAGACGAUGAGGUGCUCGGUGGACAGCAUUCAAAAUCCUUUGCCGGUGAUCCCACCGAAUAAUGAAACCACCGGAUCGAACAAACCAUCCCGACGACUGACCGAACCGGAAGCUAGCAGAGAAAGAAAAAAAAAUCGAACACACACUCUCCGGGAUAACUGCAGCAUGUGCGGCAUUAGUAAUCCGAACUCAGUUGUAAUACCUAGUUUUAAUAGCAAAAUAGGAUUUACAGCACAUACACACACAGACACAAAUCACACAUCCAUCGCUAAGAGGCAGAAAACACAAAGCCUGACAAACGUGCAGCAAAAGAAAGCGCCUCUGCCUCAGAAUUAAGAAAAUAUAAACCUUGUAUCGAAAAAUGCAAACUAAUUUAAAGACAAAGCUUUACAACGCAACCUUCUUCAACAGAGAACGAAAAAAGUAUCCCGUUUGGACAUUGUUGGAUUGUAUCAGUAUGAAAAUCGGAAACAAUAGAACUCUCAAAGCGGUUCCCAUUAAUAAGAGAGAACAGAUUUUGUUUCUUGGAGAGAAAAAAAAACUACCGGUCAGUUACUUUUGCUUGAGUAAUCAAGCUUAUUGGGAUCCUGAAGUUUCGAAGAUGUAUCGGCACUAGUUAAGAUUGGCUGCUAAACCGUUCCACCUUCGGUUAGAAUCAAACAGGAAAAAAUUCUUGAACAUUAAUUGAGAAGUGAAAUUAGAGCGAAUGAAACACAUGGCAUGGUUGCGAACAGUUGUAUGUUUGUUGUUGUGGUUGUUGAGAAGUUUGCGCGGUGAAAGAUUGUAGUGAGGAAAUCUGGGGAUGUUAAAAGAAAUCAGUUUUCUGUGGAAAAAAAAAGAGUUGUAUCAAUAAACGAACCGAUUCAAAGCGUAUAUAGCUGGAUUCUCGA